AUGCGAUCAUCGUCACUGAUAGUCACAACAUUUCCUCUUCUGACUCUAGCACAGUACAGCCUCCAAGAUGACUACACAAUACAAAACUUCGCGAACAUGUUCGACUUUGAGACAGUCGACGACCCGACACACGGAUACGUCAACUAUGUGUCCCUGGCUGCUGCUGAGGCUGCCGGACUCUGGUCGACAAACAACGAUUCUGUAUACAUGGGCGUCGACUAUACAAGCAUAGGGUCUGGACGUGGACGCAGUUCCGUCAGGAUUAUGAGCAAGAAUACGUAUAACCAUGGACUCUUUAUUUUGGAUCUUGCACAUAUGCCAGAAGGCUGUGGUACAUGGCCUGCUUUCUGGCUACUUGGACCCAACUGGCCGACCUCAGGAGAAGUUGAUAUCCUCGAGGGUAUUAACAGUCAAUCGACGAACUCUUUCGCGCUGCACACCAAUGCCGGUUGUCGAAUUACACAGACUGGCAAGUUCACCGGAAGCAUCUCCUCGUCCAAUUGCGACGUCAACGCGCCUGAUCAGGCCACGAACGUCGGCUGUGCCAUCAAGACGAGUGACACUCAAAGUUAUGGCACAGGUUUCAACAGUGCCGGAGGCGGCGUGUACGCCACGCAGUGGACGAGCGAAGCCAUCAGCGUCUGGUUCUUUACUCGAUCACAGAUACCAGCAGACAUCAAUUCAGGGUCGCCUGAUCCAUCGACAUGGGGUCUGCCACAAGCACAGUUCGCGGGCGGAUGUGACAUCGACACCCACAUCAUCAAUCAGCAGAUCGUCUUUACGAACACGUUCUGUGGCGAUUGGGGCGGACAGGUCUGGGCACAGGAUGCAACUUGCUCGCCACUGGCCUCUACGUGCCAGUCCUUCGUGCAAAACAACCCAGCCGCGUUUAAGAACGCGUACUGGGAGAUCAAUUCGUUGCGCGUGUAUCAGAGCCCGAAUGGUGGGACGGACGGUGUUGCAGGGCAAGAUGGAACGCCUGGCGGUUCGGUUGCCUCUUCGGCAAUAGCAUCUGGACCACAGCCAACCUCAGUUGGGGUUGCUCCAACGGACGCCGCAGCCGGUAGUCCCACAGAUGGAGCGGAUGCUAAUCCGAGCGACGUGGGAUACGUGACGACACUGAGCACCGCAUACACAACCUUGCCUCCCUCCACCAACAGCAAUGGAGUUUCGCAAGAUAGUCAGGCUCAGACGUCAGCAGUCCCACCUCCCGUCGCAGCGACCGCGACAGCACCGAGCAACCAUCCACAGCCACCCUCGCCGCCGAUAAAUCCUCCGGGUGCGAUGGUCUCGCAGAUUGGAGAUGGACAAAUACAAGCUCCAGGACCCGGUCAGCGGGCGGGAGGUUUCUUUGCCAACGCAUUCGGGGGUGGUCAGCGGCAGGGCGGCGCACCUCAAGCGGGACCUGUUGCGAACGAUCCAGGAGCAGCAGCAACGCCGGCCACACUUGGACGCCUCAGGAUUGGCGUGGCGCGCAAGGUCGACCACACGGGUCAAACCGCCGUCACAAGAUCAGGAGAUGGCGGCUGGAGCCAUGGUGAGCCUGACGCCGGACUCACAAUGGGAGUAUUCGUUAAGAGAAACGGUUAG